AUGAAUCACAGUGGUGAUGAGCCCGUGGGUGGAUCGGCCCAGGGCGUUGAGCGGAGAGCUGAUGGCAAUGGGGCCUCGGCGGCCGUCUGCGGGGAGAGUUGCCGGGCGGGGCCGGCCAGGGCGUCGGCGGGGGCGGAUGCAAAAAAGCUGACGCGCACGAGGUCCGGGAAGACGUUCCACGUGACGUUCACGCCGUCGGCGGGCGAUCGGCAGGCGUCGGCAG